AACCACUUCAGAAUAUGAAAAAAAUCUGAUCCUCUACCAGAACCAACGCAAGAAAUAAUGCAGAGAAUUCCAUUUCCACAACGUCUCAAGAAGAAUAAACUUGAUAAGCAAUUUUCUAAAUUUCUUGAUGUGUUUAAAAAAUUGCAGAUUAACAUUCCUUUUGCAGAUGCUCUUGAACAAAUGCCAAGCUAUGUGAAAUUUUUUAAGGACAUCCUCUCAAACAAAAGAAAGCUAGAGGAAUAUGAGACUGUUGCUCUUACUGAGGAAUGCAGUGCCAUUUUGCAGAAGAAACUGCCUCCUAAACUUAAGGAUCCAGGGAGUUUUACUAUACCAUGUUCCAUUGGAAAUUCUAUAUUUGAAAAAGCUUUAUGUGAUUUAGGUGCAAGUAUUAAUCUCAUGCCUUUAUCUAUCUUUAAGAAGCUUGGUUUAGGUGAAGCAAAGCCAACUACAGUAACACUGCAGCUAGCUGACAGGUCAUUGAAGCAUCCAAGGGGAAUAAUUGAAGACGUACUGGUGAAAGUGGGCAAGUUCAUCUUUCCAGCAGACUUCAUCAUUCUGGAUAUGAAGGAGGAUAAUGAGAUUCCUAUCUUGCUUGGCCGGCCAUUCUUGGCCACUGGAGGUGCGUUAAUUGAUGUGAAGAAAGGGGAGCUGCGGUUAAGGGUGAAUGAAAAGGAGGUGAUUUUCAAUGUGUUCAAAGCCAUCAAACAACCAGAUAUGGGGGAGAGCUGUUUCAGCAUUCAAGUGGUGGAAUCCUUAAUUAAUGACAAAGUCAAGCUUCCAACUGACCCGUUAGAAGCAUGUCUUUUAAAUAAGGUAUGGGAGGAGGAUGCUGAGAUAGCAGAAUAUACAUGUUGGAUGGACUCUUUUGAACCUAACCGCAGAAGAUACUUUGAAGAUUUGGGACAACCAGCACCAAAAAUAAAAUCAACCAGUGAACAAGCACCGGUUCUGGAAUUGCAACCUCUGCCAGAACACCUUCGGUAUGCAUAUCUUGGAGAAGCUUCCACCUAUCCUGUGAUAGUCUCUGCAAAGCUAUCCAAAACAGAGGAAGAAAAAUUAUUGAGGGUGUUGAGAAAACAUAAGGCAGCUCUCGGGUGGGUAUUGGCAGAUAUCAAAGGCAUCAGUCCCUCUAUUUGUAUGCAUAAAAUUCUGUUAGAGGAUGAAGUCAAGCCAAUAGUAGAACAUUAG